AUGUAUGGUGUUCAGCACCGCGUGGCCCCCUUACGCCGCAGUCACACACAACUGGGAGAAACUCCACACACACAAACAAACACGUAUCCAUAUACACAAACACAAACAUUCCCAACAGGUAAUAAUGUAUCUUCACAACACUCCAACUCUGCAGAUAUCUUCACACAUAAACUCCGACGUGGACCCACAGCCCCAACAACAACAACAAUAUCAUCCAUAUCAUCAUCAUCAACAUUAUUACCACGACCAUCACAAACAAACACAAACACAAUAUCAACAAGAGGAUAUGGUUAUGCAGUGCCGGCAUCUAUGCAGAGAUCACAGUUAACUAUUCCACACACACAGAACACACAGCUGGCCGACAGCACCUCACUGCAGGCCACACUCACACAAACAGCACAACAACAAAAAGAUUCCACCGCCGCGUUAAUUCGAUUGGUGGAGUCUUUUCAACAACAUGAAAAAUAUUUGGCCAGCGGCACAGAGAGUCUCUCACACUUAACAGCUCUCGUGAAUGGACAACAUGCACAAGUGGCGGCACUGCAUGGAAUAGCGGAAGAAAUGCGGGCCAUGACAGGAGCCAUUCGAGAUGCCAUGAUCCUCUUCACAUCCACACAACAACAACAACAACAACAAGAAGAAGAAGAAGAAGAAAGUACAGAAGUUAUUCCUCUUUCACAUUCAAAGAUAAAAACAACAACAACAACAACUGUUGCUGCUAUUCUUCCUGUGGAUGAUGGCAAUAGUAAUAGUAAUAGUAAUCAUGGUAUUCCAUCUACAGUGAAAUCAAAUGGAAUUUCUGCAUGGCAGUCCGCGGCCACUUUUAUUCUUGGCGCCGAUACGCCUUUAAUGACACCACACAUUGUGGAGAGUGAUGAGAAUGAAGAGAAUAUGAAUGAGGAUCAAUAUAAAGAUGAGGGAGCGGCGUACUUUUGCAGUUCUCAACUGAAGUCUGUGGUGUUAAAGUGUGGGGAAGGGAUUACACAGUCAGGAGUGAAGAUAACACCAUUUGUAGAAGAUGAUGUCUUCUCCAUGUGA